CUUCCAAUCCAGACAAAAGGAAGGGCAUCGGAUCCACGGCGGCGCGCACUCAGCCGAGCAUCUGAGCACCUUGGAGACGCAACCGGGCUUUGAUACGACGCACAAGAACGCACCGGCACACCGACGCACACGCCCUCCCAGAUCCACCUGAAACCUCCAGGUCUGCUUAAUUGUCCUGUUUGAAAGCCGAGGAAAGGCACUGUGAUCCCCGGGUUCAGUAGCAGCCAGAACACCGUGUUCCCAUGAUGUCAUACCUGUGGAUUCUGCUAUUAGGAAGCCUGCUGGCCGCGAGCGCCAAGGCACAAGAUGAUGGAGCCCCAACAGAGGAAGUCCCAGCCCCUGAAGCCCCCGAGGACCCAACCCCCGAAGCAGAGGCAGCAGCAGACGUUGCCAAUGACGAGGAAACUGAACUCGCAUCUGAGGAAGUACAUCCGACCGAAAUUGAGCCUGAGCCCACUCCUGACAUCGAACCCACUGCUGAAAUCGAGCCCACUGAUGGACCUCAUUCAGUGACAGAGGGAGACACCGACCCUGAAGCUGGGGAUGCUGAACCAACUCCUGCAGAUGAGGACACUGAGGCAGGGACUACUGCAGCAGCAGACAUAGAGGAGGAAGCAACUACACAAGAGCCCGCAGCUGAUCCAGAGCCCACAGCUGAUCCAGAGGCUGAACAACCAACAGAGAAAGACGACGACGAGCUGACUACCACAAGCGACGACACCACUCCCAUUCCUGAGAAGGUGGUACCAGCAGCAGAUCCAGAUGAUGCAGAUAGUAAGGAAGAGCCAACUGAAGCAGCUGACAAAGACGACCAAACAGCCGUCCUCGUCCCUGAAAUUAUACCUGAUGCCGCUGCACCUAAACAGAAUGCAGAUUCAGAAUUCAACUUGGAAGAUGCUCUGAAAGAGGGUCCUGCCGUGGAAAACCCAGCUAACCCCGGAAAGAGCCGCAGUUUGGACCCUGGGCCAAAAUCUGCUGGCGCCACAGGAGAUGCAGACAAACCUGAUGCCCAAGAGGGCGGCUCCAGCUCUUUAGCAGGCAUCCUGUGUGCUGUCGUAGUCGCCGCAGUCGGAGCAGCUGCCGGUUACAUGGCCUAUCGGAAGAAGAAACUGUGCUUUAACAACAGACAGGAAGCAGAUCCGGAAGCGGCGCGUAAAGCUAACGCAGCAGAGGCCCAGUCCGAUCCCCAGGUCCUUAGCAACCUGCUGAACUCCUCCUAGACCAGCGACAUCACAAAACCGCCUGGAACAACUACCGGCAAGCAGAGUGGCAACUCACUGUUCAGCUCUAUUAUGUGUGGAGCUAAAUUACUGUGAGGCCCCACAGUAGGGCAGUGUGUGUGUGUGUGUGUGUGUGUGUGUGUGUGUGUGUGUGUGUUUUUAAUGUGUGUGCAUGUGUGUCUGAAUGAGUGUGUGCGUGUCUGUGUGUGUGAACGAGCAUUUGUGUGUUCAUUCUUGUGUGUUUGGGUAUAUGGUAGGGGGGGAGCGAGUAAGAGAGCGGGUAAAGUAAGUAGAAAUAUGUGAACCUUAGGGAUGUUGUGAUUGUUAAAACAUAGGAAUUUAUUAAAAGAAUUGGUCAACUCUCUACUUUAAACCAAAUCCAUUUUUUAUUUCAAAGAAAGGACACUAUGAGAUUAAAUCUCAAAUGUAGUAUGACCAUAAGAUGGCUCAAUCAUAGAACUACUUUUUUUCAUAUGGCUACUACAGAGCUCUAGUAAUUAAUAUAAACCAGUGACCAAAACUUUAUACUCCAUAAUCAGUGACUUUUUUUCUGCUUAUACCGUCAUAAUUUGAGCCAUCCAUGUGAUCAAACAAAAAAAAAAAAUCCUGGAAACAAGUCACUUAAAAUGAAACAUAUGUCAAACAUAUUGUCUUAUUCAUAGUAACUGUCUGCAGCACAAACGCAGGGUAAAUGGAUAACAGGGGGCUUUUAAUAACUACCACUGUAUCUCCUGGAUUCUUUGGAAAAAAAAUAAGAAAAAGGAAUUAUAAUCCAAGGAUUAUGGUGAUGCAGUUACAUGGUCCAAUGUGUUUUUAGUGGGCCACAGAUGUCACUGUAUGUGUGCUUGUUUUUGUGUGUGUGUCCUUUUUUAAUUGGUGAAGGGGCUUAGUUUUUUUAUCCUGUAUGACGAUCAACACUUCUCAGUCAGUUCAGUUGAGACGGGGAGGGAGGGGGGGGGGGCAUUUGCAAUAAUUUACAACAACAACAAAAAACAAUAAGGAAAAAUCUGAUAUGUCAUUGAAAAUGGAUUAAAAUAUUCAGAAACGUUUAUUUGAUAUAUACUCUCCCUGUUGGGAAAUAAGGAGAUCGAGAGACGACAUCAAAAUUCACUGAGUUGAAGUGAAGUCCAGCCUUUUGUCGAGAGUCUACCUGACAAGCUAAAAAGCGAUCAUGUAAUAAUGUACAAGACAAUGUUCUGAUGUAGUCUGUGUGUCAAUCUAGUUGUGAUGCAGUCAUUUCUCCUCUCUAGUGCCUUUCACUGACACAGCCUGGCUUGAACAAUCUACAGACACAGAGAGAGCUGGGGCGAUGGAAGUGAAAAGAGGCAACAUAGUAGAUGAAUGUAAUUUAAAUAUAUUAGCCAGAAAAAAACGGAGGAAUGUAUGAUCUAAAAUCCAUUCAUAAAUGAUCAUGUUGGUUAGUGAGAAGCCUCACCUUGAAGUGCUCAUGUAUGUGAAGCUGUUACAUUCAUGUGACAGCUGCUGUAUAUGUGUUCACAGUGAGCCAGCAGGCUGUUUUUAUUUUUAGUACUUUUAUAUUUACCAAUAACGCAUUCCAAACUCCAUUUAUAUCAGCGCUAAAAACAAAAAAAAAGUCUCCUCGUUAUGUGUCUCUUUCUUUGAGCAAGCCAGUUGCUGUCACAGUGGUUUUUGUAUCAUUCAUAUUUCCAUCCUCCUGUGAUUUUUUAUAGGAAUUUUACAUUUUAGCAGUGGUGCCUCAGAGCUGACACAGAUAGUCUCGAGUCAACUUGUUUGCUGUGGUAUUUUGUGAAUAUUAUUGUGAAAUGCCUCAGAAGCAGCGCUACUGCAUUUAGAAAAAAAAAUACAAAAAAAAAGCCAGCCAUUUUCCUUUUUUUUUUUCUGCAGCUGUAGCACAAAAAUAUAAACUUCUGAAUGUCUUUCUGUUGCCUUGCAGUUUUUUGUACUUGCUCUGCUCCCUUUAAACUUUCAAAUAGGGUCAUAGAGUUUCUGCGUCGUGCUGCAGUUCAUGUAAAGUGUGUUACUUGUAAAGCACCAUAUAGCUGCAAUACAGGACAGAGACUGUUGCAAACAGCCUUGCCUCAAGCUGAGAAAUAUUAAUUAUCUGUGAUGAUGUCACAUAUCAAUUUAACCUACUGUAUCAACUGUGGGCCUGGUCGCAGGAUUUUAGCUCCGCCUUCUUAUCCUGUAAUCCGUGAUAGACUGAGUUUCUCUCAACACAUUGGGACCAAGCGGAAAGUGUGCCAGAUUAUCUCACUGCAUCUGCAACAAUAGCAUGGAGUUAUAAUGCACAAGAUACCCGUUAAAUAAGAAGUACAAGCUUUCAGAUAAAAAGCCGCUGAUGCCUUCAAAAACCCACAAUCCUUUAAAAACAGAAGCACUCUGCUGAUCUGCAGUGCACAUUCACAAACCUUCCUGGGACUGAUUUCAUAUCAAUGAGACUGAAACAACAACACAUUUUAAAAGGAAAGGGUAAUUAGGACAACUUUUGUUUUGCGCAUUGUGGUGACAAACAGUCGGAUUCCUUGUGAACACAGAUAACUGGAGCAUAUAGCAUCCAAACAAGAAUGUAAACCGAGGAAAUUGAAGACUUAUUGGGUCCUGAAGUGUACUUUUACUGAUGCCUUCUCUAAGGCAUCAGUAAAAGCUCUGACCAGUCCUGCCUUAUACUGCUUCUGAAACAUACAAGAGAGGUAACAAUGAACAGCAUCAUUAUCAGAAACAAGCAUUGAAACAAGCAGGUGAUUUUAAUAACCCCAUCUCUACGGGAGAAGCACUUUCCUAUCCUGUAUACAUCUUGAUUCAUUAAACAUAUUUAGACAAUUCAUGUUUGAUUUAGGUAAGUGAUUCUUCCUUUUUAUUUAAAUGUUUUGAGUGUCUUCUUUUUUUUGUCAUCUGGCACUUGUGUUGUUCUUCUGGAAUUGUGUAAAUAAUGUUUGAGGAGUCAAUUAAACAGUUUUCGUGGGA